AUGUUAGCAUGGCGUAAAUCGGACGGAGGGCGUUUUACUGCCCGAACGUCUGAAGAAUUCCAAGGAGAAAGUCGUGGGUUCGACCCCCACAGUGCAUACUUUUCUCGAAUCCGGCAGUGUCCCCUUUUUUUUUUGACCGAAAUCUUCAUCACCCCGCGCCAAGAGCCGCCGCGGACUCGCCGCAGAGCAAUUUGGGACGCCUGGGAGUUUUCUCUUUUGACCCAGUCAUUGUGGUUCUGCUAA